UUAUGGCGGUUGCGUUCGUUUUAGUAUCUCGGCUGAGCCCGGCUGCUGUUGAAGCUCUCCGGGUGUGCGACACGACUGCGCCGCCCGCUGGAGUCGACACCUAUCACGUGGGGCGGUGUGGCCGGGUUUUGUCAAAUCGAGCGCACCUGCUGCCGUGUUUUGUUGUUUUUCAGCGGCGGACCGUGUUCGGCCUGUCAAACCGUGUGACUUCUCACUGGAGCGACGAGACUGGAAUAACAGGGAUGCACAUGACUAAAAAGACCAGAAACACAAUGAAGCCACCGUCACAGACCCAGUCCUCUCCUCUGAACAGCUUAAUGUUUGAAGGCGUCUACAACAACGCCAGGAUGCUUCAUUUCCUCACAGCCGUCGUGGGCUCCACCUGUGAUGUCAGAGUGAAAAAUGGCGCCGUGUACGAGGGAAUCUUCAAGACUUUAAGCUCACAGUGUGAGCUGGCUGUGGAUGCUGUUCAUAAACAGAGUGAUGGAGAUGGAGGAGGAGGAGGAGGAGGAGGUGAGGAGGGAGGUGGAAGAUCGCCCUCUCUUCCGAGGAUUGAAGACAUCACUGACACGAUGAUCUUCAGUCCCACCGACCUGGUGACUAUGACCUGCCGUGAUGUCGACUUGAGCUUCGCCGUCAGAGACACAUUCACUGACACAGCCAUCAGCUCUGUGAGGGUGAACGGUGAACACCGGGAGAAAGUUCUGCAGCGGUGGGACGGACAUGGAAACGGAGAAAACUUCGAGCUGGAGGCGGACACAUCAAACGGCUGGGACGCUAACGAGAUGUUCAAGUUUAACGAGGAGGCGUACGGCGUCAAGUCCACCUACGACUCCAGCCUCUCCAUGUACACCAUGCCUUUAGAGAAAGGGAACUCUGAGGUUUUCCGUCAGCGGGAGGCUCGAGCAGCUCGGUUAGCCAAUGAGAUCGAGAGCAGCUUGCAAUACCGCCGGCGGGUUUCUUUAGAGAACGACGAGGGGCGGAGCGAGGAGGACAAAUUCAGCUCGGUGGUCCGAGAGAGGGAGGAGCGGUCCAGCCCCGGGUUCUCCUCCAGCAGCAGGGAGGGUAAAUACAUCCCUCUCCCUCAGCGGGCCCGAGACAUCGGCCUGUCGGGCAGCAGCAUGAGGGCCGGAGGCUCCGGUCGAACCUCAGCAGCCUCCUCCUCCAGACACCCGCCGCCCAGCUCCUCCUCCCCCAAACCUCCUUCUGACAGGAGCAGCCCGCUGUCCGUCAGGACCGCCUACUCUCCACACCAAUCACAGAGCAGCCCGCCGGCAGCCAACAGCCCUCCCUGCACCAAUCACAUCCCACACUCCCUGUCCCAUCCUCAGGCGCUGGCCGACACCACGCGCUCGUCUGUUAACGGAGUGUCAUCCAGAACUUCUCCAAAGUCUCAGAGACUCCAGAGCAACAGAAACCUGCGAACACCCAACUCCCAGUCCUCCCCCGCAGUGUCUCGUGGUCCGAAACCAGACGCCCCUCCCCAGGACCUCCCCCUGGUUGGCCCCUCCUUCUUGGACUCCUCCCCCUCCGCUGUCACUACGGCAAACUCCACCAAACCCUCCGGCCCGACCCCGCUGUUCCCCGUCGAUGUGAACGAGAUCCUGAACGCGGCGGCUAAAGAGCGAACUGACGGUGGGCCCGGUCCAUCCGGUCCAUCCGGUCCAUCCGGUCCACAGGAAGUAAAGAGCAGUAAAGCUCCCUCAGUGCAGCAGAGGUCUCAGCUGGAGGAGCUGCGCAAGUUCGGCAAAGAGUUCAGGAUGAAAAAAACAAAAGACGGGCACGUGCUGCAGCCCAGCUCGUCUCCCUCAGUGAGUCCGGCCUCUGCAGAUCCUCCUGCAGACUCCUCCUCCUCUCCCGCGCCUCCUAAACCCUCCCUCACCUCCUCCGCCCAGGACCUGCCGCCGACCACAGAGGCAGCAGCGACCCCCGCUGCCCCGACACCGACGGCUCCUGCUGGCCCUCAGUCCUCUGGGCCGGAGGGGCCGGCUGGAGCGACCACAGCGGCUCCCGGCAGUGAGGAGGGCUGUUCAGAGAGCAGCGACAGAUCUGAGGCUGCGGUGGUGCAGGUGAAAAACUCAACGUUGAAUCCAAACGCAAAAGAGUUUCUUCCCAUCAAAGUGAACGCAGCUGUGAAACCAGCUCCGACCCCGACGCCUCCUCGACCGACCCCACCCAGCCCCUCCGUGGUUCUGCCUCCACAGCCAGGCGGAGGAGGAGGAGCCCUCUACAGCAACCCACCUGGACACUACCUGUCCUACGUCUCCCCGCUCCACAUCCAGGGUCCCUCCAUCCAGGCUCCUCAGAUGUAUCAGUACAGCAUGUCGACCGUCAACCAGGGCAAAUACCCCAGACCCAAAGGUCCUGUGGUGGGUCAGCGUCCGGAGCACCAUCCCUCCCCCGCCUCCCCCAUGAUCUCAGCUGCAGCCUCGGCAGCAGGACCCCCGCUGGUGGCCUCACCUUACCCCCAGUCCUACCUGCAGUACGGUCAGGUGAUCCAGGCCAUGCCGGCGCACUAUCACGGACAGGCGGUGUACUCGAUGCUGCAGGGAGGUGCGAGGAUGCUGACGUCCGGGGCGCCUCAUCAGCAGAUGGGUCAUCCGGGUCAGUACCCCGGCCAGGCUGAGGGCCAGCCGGGCCCACAGCAGGCCGUGUACGCUCAGUCGUUCCAGCACCACUCGGGCUCCAUCCAUCACCCCCAGCCCUCCACCACCCCCACAGGAAGCCAGCCUCCACCCCAGCACACAGCACCCAGUCCAGGACACAACCAGGUAAAGGUGCUGUCAUUUACGUCGAGUCCGGCGGCUCCUCAGCCUCAGUCCAUGUUCCACUCUGGAGGUCUGUCGGCUCCGACUCCCCCGAACCUGCAGCCGGGCCACAGCUCCCCGCAGGCCUCCUACACCAUGCAGGGCUACGGGCUCCCGGGCCACCAGGCGCUGCCCCAUGGCUUCCCCUCCAUCAGCCAGCUGUCACAGGCUCACGUCCCUGGAGGCAUGUCCGGUCCGCACCACUCUGCGGGUCACGGCCUGCCGCCCGUCAUGCUGCACUACGUCUCGCCUCAGCAGGGCAGCGGCUCCAACCCCCAGCAGGGGGCGCCACAACACUUCUACAUCGGACCACCACAAGCUGUUCAGGUUCAGGCUCACCCGACCCAGCAGCUGUCCUUCCACCCGUCUGCUAACUGACCCCUCCUCCUCGUCACAGCUGGAUCCAGAGCGAGGAAGACCAGCGUUCCUGUGUGACAUCACAACAUUCCCUCCUCCCGACUUCACAACACGUCGUCCUUCAGACGGAAACAUCGUCCGCGGGACGUUUCUCAUUUUAAAUGUAAAUACAGGCGAAGCUGGACUGAAGACGAGAACUGGUGGAAACUUUUGGACUGACGACAGCGGAAACAGUUUGUUUCUUACCGUCCACCUCCACCCGUCCUUUUACAGACCAAACCAGUUCAUUAAUAAUAAAACCACUGAAAACAA